UCUCUCUCCUUCUGCUUAAGUUCGCUUGAAAAUCGGUGAAAAAAUUUCCAGUUUCUGGCAAUGGCUGACGACGAAGUGGAGCUCAGCGACGAGCAGAAGAAGGAAAUCGCGAAGUGGUUUCUUCUAAACGCUCCCGCCGGAGAAAUCCAAUUCGUCGCCAAAGAUGUGAAAAAAAUUUUGAAUGACGAUAAGUUGUACCACGAGGCAGCAUCUGAAGCGUUUCCUCAGUACAACAAAUCACACAUGAUUUCCCUCGAAAUGCCUGGCUUAGUUGGAGAUGUGAUUAUUACACCAUUCAAUGAGCUUGAAGAAAACGAAUUCCUUGACCCAAGAACUACACAAGUUGCUAUAAUUGAUAAUAUUAAACAGGUAUGUACUGCAGUGAGACCUGCUCUGGAUGAGGAACUUCCUUCUGCAUAUGUUGAGGAUUUUCGAUGUGCUGUCGAUGAAGAAAUUGCUCGAUAUGUCGGUGAAGCUUAUCCAAAAGGGGUCUGUUCAGUUUACUGUGUAACUGGAAAAGAUGCAGAGGGACCUGAAUCUGAUUUUGAGCUUGCUGUGGUUAUUUCUGCUUCGAGACAUAGCCCUCAGAACUUCUGUAAUGGAAGUUGGCGUUCCACAUGGAACAUUGAGUUCAAGAGUGAUUUUCAAUCGCUUGAAAUAAGAGGGAAAAUGCAGGUUGUUGCCCAUUACUUUGAGGAGGGAAAUGUUCAAUUAGAUGCAAAGCAUGAAUGUAAUGAUUCAACCAUCCUACAGGCUCCUGAAGAUUGUGCAGUUGCGAUAGCCAAUAUUAUUCGUCAUCAUGAAGCAGAAUACUUGGCAUCUCUUGAGACAUCCUAUUCAAACUUGCCAGAUACCACCUUCAAGGAUCUUCGGAGGAAGCUUCCCGUUACUCGGACCCUAUUUCCAUGGCAUAAUACCUCACAAUUCAGCUUAACAAGAGACAUUGCUAAAGAACUUGGAGUUGGAAAGUAAACGCACAAACAUAAAGAAAAAACAGUAGCUUUGUUCACUCUUACAGGUAAAACAAAGAUACAAAUCUUAUUCCCCUUUGGUUUGCUUCCUAAAUCACUUAAUUCUGCCUUUGGAGUUUCUUUCUUGUUUGUCCUUUCCUCGAGAUCGCUUCCUUGUUUUGAUGUCUUCCUUGUAAUAUUCAUUCUUGUGAGUUGUAUAGAUGCGAACGCAAUGGGAUGCUACUGACUGUAAGUACUCAUAAUUUGUAAAUUGAAGGUUAUAUGCUCUGUUUUAUUGCAUUUGAUUCUAAAAUAGAUUAUAAGUGUUGCUUCU